AUGAAAUCACCCCUCAUAAUACUGGCCCUCAUCCAGGGCAUUCUAAGCCUAAACACAACAACAAUAACCACAGCCGCCCUACCCACCUACUUCCACAACGACACUCCCUGGUACACCCCCCGCAUUCCCCUCUUUACAUCCUCCCUCUCCACCCUCACCGAAGUCUACUACUACCGCUGGUCUCUCUACCGCGCCCACCAACGCGACCUCGGUCCCGAUGGUUACAUCACCACCGAAUUCCUCAACGACGUCAGCUGGCAGACACAGCCCUACGCAUCUCUCGUCGACGCAGCGGGUUUCCAUCUCCGUGAGGGACGCUGGUGUCGGGAUCGCAGGUUUAACGGGGAUUAUGUGGGGUUUAUGCUUGAUGGGGAAAGGGGGGAUAUGUAUCAGUUCUCGGAGUGGGUUGCGGAUUCCAUUUGGGAGGGACAUUUGGUGGAUGGGGAUGUUGAUUCUGCUGUUGCAAAGUUGGAUAGGUUGGUGGAUGUGUUUGGAGGGUGGGAGGGGAAUAUGACGGAGGCUGGGACUGGGGGGUUUGAUGGGGAGAAGGGGUUGUUUUGGAUUCAGCCGUUGACAGAUGCAACAGAGUAUACAAUUGCGAGCAUUGAUGCGAGUGGCGGGGUUGAUGGGUUUAUUGGGGGGGAUUCGUUCAGGCCGAGUGUUAACAGUUAUCAAUUUGCGAAUGCGUUGGCUAUUGCAAGGCUUGCGGAGCUGGGUGGUGACCAAGCCCUUGCCGAAGAGUACGAGAAUCGAGCACAUGCGAUCAAAGCCAAUGUGCAGAAGUCGCUAUGGAACAGCACGUUUGAGCACUUUAUCGAUCGGUACCAGGUUGAAAACGAGAACGUCACGUACUGGAACUACAUCCGCGGGCGAGAGUUGGUGGGCUAUGUGCCCUGGACUCACGACUUGCCUGACGAUAAUGAGACAUUCGCGCAGGCCUGGGUUCAUCUGCUUGAUUCUGAGAAAUUUGCUGGUUCAAAUAGCCUGCGCACCAGUGAGCCGAGUUAUGAGUAUUUCAUGCGCCAGUAUCGAUAUGAAGGCUCGCAGCGUGAAUGUCAAUGGAAUGGACCUGCCUGGCCGUACCAGAUUACGCAGGUUUUGAUAGGUCUGGCGAAUCUUCUUGACCAUUAUCCGGUUUCGUCUAAUUUGGGGAUAGUUACCCGCAAGGAUUACACAGACCUACUCGUACAGUAUGCUGAGCUGCACUAUAAUCCUGACCGCGGUGGUGCGCUCGAUCUAGAAGAGGACUAUGAUGCCGAUACGGGACGGCCUAUUGUCGGUCUCGCGCGAUCUCCGCAUUAUUUCCACUCAGGAUUCAUUGACCUCAUCCUGUCAGGUUUUGUUGGAAUUCGACCUCGCGCAGAUGAUGUGCUCGAGGUGAACCCGCUGGCUGAUGGAGAUUCCGUCUCGUUCUUCCGUGCAGAGAACAUCCUUUACCACGGCCAUGAUAUAGCCGUACAAUGGGACACAUCAGGGGAGCAAUACGGUACCGCAGGGUUAAUCAUCAUAAUCGACGGCGAAACCGCAGCCAGCGCGCCAGACUUAACCCGUCUAACAGUGAACAUCACUCGCAACAAACCGCCUGCAAUUCAACGCCCAAUGGCCAAAUCAAUCCAGCUCCAGUCUGAUUCUGCGUGGCCACGAGGGAGCGUUUCAGUCACGGGUGCAGAUCCCGAAAGCAUUCAUGCUGCUAUCGACGGACGAGUCUGGUUCUUCCCUGAGGCGGAUAUCGCUAAUGGAUGGGACACGCCUGUUGGUAAUGGAAGCGAGAUAUGGUACCAAAUCAAGUUUGGUAUUAGCACGACCACUGCCAGUGCUGAGCUCGCUUUCUUUGCGAAUGAGACGCAGGGAUUUGAUGCUCCUGAAGGUUGUCGGGUUGAGGUUCUUGAUAGUGGUGGGUGGGUGGAGGUAAGCGGUGCGCAUUAUACGGAACCAGUCGCGAAUGGGAUUACCAUUGCAUCGUGGGAUGAAGUUGCGACUGAGUGCAUUAGGAUUGUCUUUGUGCCAAAGAGGGAGCAGAGAGUGAGACUUGUGGAGUUCAAGGUGUUUUCAGAGAUCAGUUAG